UUGGUCCGGAUGUUUUUCGGUACUCUCUGCACACAGUACUCCAUCGACUCUGUAUUCGCCGAUGUCAAGGAUCCCCAGCGAGAUUCGGGUUAUAGGGUCUUUCACUUCGCUAAUUCCAACCCUUUGGACCCUUGUUUCAUCCCGGUGCUCACUGCUCACUUCGAGGCAAUAAUGAAAAACAUCCCAUACUAUCCGUACCUCGAAUCGCGUUGGGGACAGAAUAAUGACGGACGGUGGAGACCGCGCACCACAGGGUUUCCCGACAGGUACUCUGCGCCCCUGUGCGCCAUCACAAUUCGUAACGUAUAA